AUGGAUUUGUAUGAAGCUAAAAAAAGGGAGUUGUAUUUAAAGAGGAAAGAUAUAAAUUUAUAUUACCACCCUAUCAAGACUAUUACUCUUUUUUUUUUAGAAUUGAAAAAUAUAAUUUUGAAUAUAUACCAAAAACAUAAAAAAUACAAUAAAAUAAUACUGUUGAUUAUAAUAGUUAUAUUGCUUUUAUUUAAAAUAAGACAUAAAUAUGAGUACUUAAAUGAUUUUAUAAUAUAUGUAGAAGUUGUAAUAUGGUGGCUUGCUUUAGGAAUAUUAAGUAGCGUAGGUUUAGGAUGCGGUAUGCAUUCAGGGGUAUUGUUUUUGUUUCCACACAUUUAUUUUAUUUGUUCAACGUCUGAAUAUUGCAAUUCAUUGGAUUUUGACUCAAGGGUAAAUAUGUGGAGAUCGUUGCUAACUUCCGGAAAUCAUUUUGAAUGCAAAAGUAGAAACGACGGGAACAUAACUUUAUCAAGAUUAUUUUUUAAAGUAUAUCCAUAUUGUUUUAUAUGGGGAAUGGGAACGGCAUUUGGUGAACUACCUCCUUAUCUGACGUCAUAUUAUGCGUCAAAGUCCAAGUUAUAUGAUGAUGAUUAUGAAAAUUUUGAAAAAGAUAUAAUAGAAGGAAAACAGAAUAUGAUUACGUCUAUGAAAAUAUGGAUGAUAAAUUUUAUUAAAAAACAUGGAUCCCUUUCUGUUUUUCUUUUGUCAUGUUGGCCUAAUGUAAUGUUUGAUUUGUGUGGAAUUUGUUGUGGGCAUUUUCUUAUGCCAUUUAGAACAUUUUUUAUUCCACUUAUUUUGGGAAAAGGUAUUGUAAAAACCCUUGCUCAGUCCUUGUUCUUAAUCUUUGUAUUUUCAAACAAGUAUAGAGGAAUGCAAAUAAAAAUUCUACAGAAAGUAAUAUCGCUUUUCCCUUUACUCGGACUUUCUAAUAAUUUCGAUCCGUCAUAUAUUGAAAAUUUUCUGGACGAAAAAAUCUCAAUUUUAAAAUAUGGGAAAAAAUCUAACUCCAAAAUGAAUUUUAUGUUUUUAUUUAAUAUAUUUUUUUUUGUAGUAAUUAUUUAUUUUUUUAUUUCCUGUAUAAAUCAGAUAGCCCAAAAAUAUCAAAAGAAUAUUGACGAAGAUGAAUUAAAAAGAUAUAAAAAUGGGAAAGAUGAAGUAAUAACGAAGAAAAUUAAGGAAUGA